GUCUGUGCUUUGCGGUGGCCGGAAUAUCGACGCUCUCGUUGCGGAAUUCAGCAGCUCCUCUAGAUACGCAGCCAAGCACACAAAAGGCCGGAGGGUAACCUACGUGGACCAUACACCACGCAACAAAGUACAAGCAAAAGAGGACGGGUCUAAGAACUCACGAUGGACGGCUCCCCGGCGCCAACAAGCGAUACGGAGCCCCAGCGCCCUGCUUCCAGUAGGUGGGCGCGGAUUCUCGUUUCACUCUGUUCGCUGCUGUUCGGUGUCAGCGCCUGGGUGAGCGUGAACGGACUCUGGGUUCAGAUGCCACUGCUCGUGCCUGUACUACCGGAGGGAUGGAAUCUCGGCUCGGUGCUCGUCAUUGUCAUUCAGGUGGCCAACGUGGGACCGCUGGUUUACACUCUUGCCCGGAGCCACCUUGGGAUUCGUUCCUCGGUGCACGCGACGCUGUUCGUGGGCCUGGCAGCGAGCGUGAUGAUGGUGUUCUUUUGGCGGCGCACAGUGGGCGAGCACAGCGUCGCCUUCAUCGCGCUUGCCUUCUUCCUCGCCUGCGUCGACUGCACGAGCUCGGUGCUUUACAUGCCUUUCAUGGCCCGCUACCCGCCGCAAUUCCUCUUCUGGUACAUGGUCGGUGAAGGACUGAGCGGCCUCGUUCCAGCCGCCAUUGCGCUGGCACAGGGUGUGGGUGAGCAGACAGCAGACGAGUUGGGCCAUCCAAGGGGUCCCCGUUUCAGCGUGGAGGCGUUCCUGUCCAUGCUGGCUGUUAUCGUGGCAAUAAGUUGGCUGGCCUUCAUCGCCCUCGGCCACUGCCACGUAGCCACUGCGCUGCAGGUAAGAGCACCCUGCAUGCGCGACAUCUGCUCUGCGUCUAGGGACGUCAGUUUCUGGAACUCGCAGCGGUACCUCUCCGAGGGAUGA